UACUCUUUCCUCCAAACCCAAUUCCAUCAGUAUUUCGUAAACCCUAGAGUCCUUUAAUAUCUUUGUUCAACUACAAGGGGUUUUUUUAAUGGAUUAUUUCAAGUUUCUACCUGCGGAGAUCACAUUAGACAUUUUGAGUCGUCUACCAAUUGAAUCAAUUUUGGAAUCCAAAUUAGUAUGCACUACAUGGAGGAAUCAUGUUCGUCAUCCAUCAUUCUCAAAGAUGCAUUUACACCAUCUCCAUCAUCCUUUUACUGCUGCUCAUGAUUCUUCUGGUAAGUUGGGUUUUGUUGUUGAUGCUAUCAGUAACGAUGACAAAUAUCACUAUUUUGAAUGUAAUCAGAAUGAUGAUGAUGAGUUAACAACACCCGUUGACAGAAUCAAAAGGAUUAAUUUAACCUCUCCGAUUAAGGGUUCUAGAUUUGUUGGUUCAUGUAAUGGGCUCAUGUGUUUUGCUCAAGGAGCACUUGUUUGGUUUUGUAACCCUAUCACCAGAGAAUAUGUUAUGCUUCCUAAAAUUAACUCAUACUGUAGUAAUGUUUAUCUGUAUGAAUGUUGGAAUGUCGGAUUUGGUUAUGUUUCUGCAACCAACAAGUACAAAGUCGUAGCUGUAGGAGUACAUGUGACUGGGACCAGCUCAGAAGUCUACAUCUACACUUUAGGCAGUGGAAAGAGUUGGAGAGAGCUUGGGAAGUUUAAUUAUGGAUGGGUUACAAAUCGCUAUCAGCUUCAAGGUAUCUUUGCCAAUGAAGCUCUUUAUUGGCUGGACACUAGACUAGCAAAGAUCAUCUCCUUCAAGUUGGCUGAGGAAAAAUUUUCUCAACAUCUUUUGCCGUCUCCUUCGCCACAAGACUGGCGUGAUAGGUUAGGGGUCCUGGAUGGGUUUUUGUCUUUUGCUGUUUAUCUGGAUGUCGAAGGAGACAGGUAUAAUGACAUAUGGCUAUUGAAGAAGAAGAAGAAUGAGAUUCAUGAGAUGAAAGAGAAAGAGGAACAUCGGUCAUUGGUUUGGAGUAGAGAGUUUAGGAUUGAUAAAAGCAAUUUGUUCGCCGUUAUGAAGAGUGAUCGUGUUUUAACUUAUGGUUAUAACUGUCUCAAUGUUUACGACACAAAAACCUCAACAUCGAAAAGCCUUGUGAGGUUUAAGAGUUGUGUUCUUCGAGUAUCCCCUCACCAGAACACCUUUGUUUCACUGAAACAAUUGGGUGAAGAAGAUACAAAAACAAUGGAGGAGGCAAGAAGCCGUGAGGAUGCUAACUCUGAUUUCAUAUACUUACAAACUGGUAAUCUUCGUUGACUUUUGGAACUAGUAGUUUUAUCAAUUUACAGUCUUUUGCGUUUUUCAUUAUGAAAUUGGACUACAAGUAACCUUUGUGUGAACCAAAACGUUAUUGACAUUGUCUUUUUAUCUGUGUAUUUUCUGUUUCGGGUUAAUAUAUAUUGCUCUUUCAAUUGUGCA